UCUCCUUCCUCCUCCAGACACUGCACGCCCACUGCUGCUAUAACCAAGAUGGCGAACUUCACACCGGUCAAUGGCAGCUUGGGCAACCAGUCUGUGCGCCUGGUCACGUCAACCCAUAACCGCUAUGAGACAGUGGAGAUGGUGUUCAUUGCCACGGUGACAGGCUCACUGAGCCUCGUGACCGUCGCAGGCAACAUCCUGGUGAUGCUGUCCAUCAAAGUCAACAGGCAGCUGCAGACGGUCAACAACUACUUUCUCUUCAGCCUGGCGUGCGCUGAUCUCAUCAUAGGCGCCUUCUCCAUGAACCUCUACACCGUGUACAUCAUCAAGGGCUACUGGCCUCUGGGUGCCGUGGUGUGUGACCUGUGGCUGGCCCUGGACUACGUGGUGAGCAAUGCCUCUGUCAUGAACCUGCUCAUCAUCAGCUUUGACCGGUACUUCUGCGUCACCAAGCCCCUCACCUACCCGGCGCGGCGUACCACCAAGAUGGCAGGCCUCAUGAUUGCCGCCGCCUGGGUCCUGUCCUUCGUGCUCUGGGCGCCUGCCAUCUUGUUCUGGCAGUUUGUGGUGGGCAAGCGGACGGUGCCGGACAACCAGUGCUUCAUCCAAUUUUUGUCCAACCCGGCGGUGACCUUCGGCACGGCCAUCGCCGCCUUCUACCUGCCUGUGGUCAUCAUGACGGUGCUCUACAUCCACAUCUCCCUGGCCAGUCGCAGCCGAGUUCACAAGCACCGGCCUGAAGGCCCUAAGGAGAAGAGGGCCAAGACCCUGGCCUUCCUCAAGAGCCCCCUGAUGAAGCAGAGCGUCAAGAAAGCGCCCCCAGCAGACGCUUCUCGGGGGGAGCUGCGCAACGGGAAGCUAGAGGAGGCCCCUCCGCCGGUCCUCCCCCCGCCGCCACGCCCAGUGGCUGACAAGGACACCUCCAAUGAGUCCAGCUCGGGCAGCGCCACCCAGAACACCAAGGAACGACCACCCACAGAGCUGUCAACCACAGAGGCCACCACGCCCGCCACACCUGCACCUCCCCUGCAGCCACGGACCCUCAAUCCGGCCUCCAAAUGGUCCAAGAUCCAGAUUGUGACGAAGCAGACAGGUAACGAGUGUGUGACAGCCAUCGAGAUUGUGCCUGCCACGCCGGCUGGCAUGCGUCCGGCGGCCAAUGUGGCCCGUAAGUUUGCCAGCAUCGCCCGCAACCAGGUGCGCAAGAAGCGGCAGAUGGCAGCCCGGGAGCGCAAGGUGACUCGGACCAUCUUUGCCAUUCUGCUAGCCUUCAUCCUCACCUGGACGCCCUACAAUGUCAUGGUCCUGGUGAACACCUUCUGCCAGAGCUGCAUCCCUGACACCGUGUGGUCCAUUGGCUACUGGCUCUGCUACGUCAACAGCACCAUCAACCCGGCCUGCUAUGCCCUCUGCAAUGCCACCUUUAAAAAGACCUUCAGGCAUCUGCUGCUCUGUCAGUAUCGGAACAUCGGCACCGCCAGGUAGGCAGGUAGGGGUACCACUGGAG